AUGUUUUUGAGGAUGGGAUAUAGGGGCAUGUCGUCCGACGAAUCUGACUCUGAAGGCAAUAGGUUCAAAGUACAUCUUUGCCCCUGGAGACACCCCAAUGUAACUCAGUGGUUGCACGCCAUCGAUGCGUUGGGGCUGGCCAUGCGUAAAAAUGCGAACCUGAAGCAAGGAUCUUCUCAACGCGAACGCGAGCCUAGCACUAAACCCGGUGAUCCCACCCGUUUCGUUCGUGGCCUACCUAGGAACUCGUAUGAGCCUACGUGGUUAGAUAAUCCAGACCACAUCCAAUUCGACGUGAGACCCACCGAUGAGGUCUACAACUUUGUGCACGACAGAGAGGUCUACAGCUAUUUACUUGCACAUAUGCAACGACAAUAA